UCUGGGAGAGACCGGCUGACAACAGAUGUGGGGAACAAAAGCGUCCAGCUUUGGCAGGACUCACGGCACCUUCACAGAUUUGACUUUUUAAUGCAGGUUUUCUGUGGCAGCAGCUCGAAAUGUCUCUGAUCCUGACAGCGCUGGACAAGCUGGCCGACUUCCUGUCCCUGAUAGCGCUUUGUGUCAGUGUGUCCUACAGCUGGCUCAAAGCAAACUAGACUAGAUCACACGUUUCCAUGAGGCGACACUGACUAGUUUGUUCAUGGAUUUAUGAGCGAUGAUCCUGAGGUGUGAGUGACGACGCGAGCUGCUUCCCAGAGAUGACGAUGCUGCAGAGCAUCCUGACCGCUGCCCUGCUGCUGUGUGUUUCAUCCAGCGAGGACUUUGACUGGAGCAAAAAAGAGAGAACGCCUUUCUAUUACGGCACCUUCCCAACAGGUUUCUCCUGGGGAGCAGGCACUUCUGCCUAUCAAACAGAAGGAGCCUGGAACAUAGACGGCAAAGGAAUCAGCAUCUGGGACGCGUUUGUCCACAAAAAGGGGACGAUACAGUCAAAUGACACAGGAGACUCCUCGUGUGAGGGCUACUACAAAUUCAAGGAGGACAUUAACUUGAUGAAGGACAUGAAGCUGAACCAUUAUCGCUUUUCCAUCUCCUGGCCAAGGAUUUUACCAAGUGGACUGAAAAGCGAUCACAUCAACGAGAAAGGAAUCAAAUAUUACGAUGACCUCAUUAACCUGCUGCUGGACAAUAAGCUCACCCCUGUAGUGACUCUGUACCACUGGGAUUUACCGCAGAUCUUACAGGAGAAAUACGGCGGCUGGCAGAACGGGAGCCUGGUCAAAUACUUCAACGACUUCGCCAAUCUGUGCUUUGAAAGGUUUGGAAACAGAGUCAAGUACUGGGUGACGUUCAGCAAUCCGUGGUCAGUCGCUGUGGAGGGAUAUGAAACCGGAGAACACGCGCCGGGACUCAAGCUGAAGGGAGUUGGAGCUUACAAAGCUGCCCACAACAUCAUCAAGGCCCACGCUACGGUGUGGCACACGUACGACCUCCAGUGGAGAAGCAGGCAAAAAGGCUUCGUUGGGAUCUCACUGACGGCCGACUGGGGUGAACCCGUGGACGUCACCAACCAGAGGGACAUUGAAGCAGCAGAGCGUUACCUCCAGUUCCACCUGGGUUGGUUCGCUGCCCCCGUCUUCCAUGGAGACUACCCCCAGGUCAUGAAGGACUACAUCGGCAGGAAGAGCGGCCAGCAGGGCCUGGGAGCGUCGCGGCUGCCUGUUUUCUCACCUGAGGAGAAGAGUCACAACAAAGGGACCUGCGACUUCCUGGGCCUCGGCCACUUCACCACCCGCUACGUCACGCAGAAGAAUUACCCAUCAGGCCUUGGGGACAGCUACUUCUCAGACCGUGACCUUGCCGAGCUGGUCGACCCUCAGUGGCCCGAUCCUGGUUCUGAAUGGCUCUAUUCUGUUCCCUGGGGUUUCCGACGCUUGCUGAACUUUGUCAAGACUCACUACGGAAACCCCAUGAUCUACGUCACAGAAAACGGAAUAUCAGAGAAAAUGCUGUGCACGGACCUCUGCGAUGACUGGAGGAUGCAGUACUUCAAAGACUAUAUCAAUGAAAUGCUUAAAGCGAUCAAGGACGGGGUGAACGUGAAGGGCUACACCGCCUGGUCUCUCCUCGACAACUUUGAGUGGGAUGAAGGAUAUACUGAGAGGUUUGGUCUCUUCUACGUGGACUUCAGGAACAAGAACAAGCCGCGCUACCCAAAGGCCUCUGUCCAGUACUACAAACGCAUCAUCAGCUCUAACGGCUUCCCCAAUCAGAGAGAGGUGGAGAGUUGGAAGAGGAAAGCUAUUGAGACUUGUUCUUCAAGUAACCAACUCCUGGCUGCAGAUCCGCUGAUAGGCCACAUGGAGAUGGUCACAGAGAUUGUGGUUCCUACAGUGUGCACGCUCUGCAUCCUCCUCACUGCAGUUUUCUUCAUGUUCUUGCUACGUGGACGGCUCUAAAACACACAAUACACAAGAUGACAUGUAGUUUUUAACAGGAGACCAAAUUACUCAGAGUGACUCUAAUGCUGUCAAGAGGUUUGUUGACGUCCUGCUAUUCUGUUUGAAUGAACUCAGAUCAUUAUGAUGAAGUCACCGCAG